AUGAUCCUAUUUAUAACUCAAUGCUUGAUUUUUGUGUUCCUGUCCCCUCACUUUUCGAGGGGAUUGCCUUUGAGUGACACUGAACAGCAGAUACGCUUGGAGAAAUCGGAAGAAAUACGAAAAUAUCUCAACGAGACGGUGGAGCCUUGCAAAGAUUUCUAUAAUUUUGCUUGUGGCAAUUGGCGACAACUAAACCAAGCCAGUGAAGAUGAAUUCAAGAAAAGUGUGCUAUUGAAUAUGGAAAAAGAAUAUGACCUUAAAUUGAAGGCGAUGUUGGAAAAUGAGGAUUUUAUAGCCCAAGAUAAAAUUGAAGAAAAAGUUAGAGAUUUUUAUAAAUCAUGCCAGAGGGAGCCAGUUAACAAUGAUGAAUAUCGAAUGAAACUUAAGCAAAUCGUUGGUGAAUUUGGUAAGAUGCCCUUGUUGGAGGGAAAUAACUGGCAGGAAGAAGAUUUCAAUUGGUGGAUAACAGUGGCCAAUAUUUCCCAAAAAUAUGGUCAUAACAUUAUGAUCAGCUAUGAGUUGAUACCAAACCCCAGAGAUAUGAGCAAAUAUGGCCUUAUGCUGGGUCAUCCAGAAUUUCCUAUUCCUUUACCCUUAAAUAACAAAAAUAAAGAGGGAAACUUUUGGCAUCAUUAUGUGGAAUUGGUUUCGCAACAUUUGAGAAGUCACUUUGGCAUUGCUACCAGUUUGGCCAAAGAAACAGCCCAAGAAAUUGUUGACUUUGAAAAAGUUUUGGCCAAGAGUGCCUCAUUCGAUAGAUAUGGAGCCCAUCAGUAUCAUGUUGCAACAAAGUUAAGAAAACUGGAAUGGAAAUAUGUUCUGCAUAUGGAUUUGAAAAGCUAUCUGGAUAAUGCAUUUGGGCCUUUGGACAAAGACUAUGUGGUCGAGGAAAAUGAGAGCUAUUUCUAUAAUCUAGAGCGUAUUAGAGAUAUCCCCAAAGAGACAAUAGCCAAUUAUAUUUUCUAUAAAUUGAUUCGGCAGUUUGCCUUGCCACCAGAAACCAGCUGCCUUGGAGAAACCAAAAGACUUUUUGGCAAUAUUCUGGAUAACAUGUGGUACAAACGAAAUAAUGUAAAGGAAAUGGAAAAUAGUGCUUUGAAGAUGUUUGAAGAACUAAAGUCGGUGUUCUUUACCGCUCUAAAAUCCAAACAAUAUGAAUGGAUGAGUCCAAGUGUGCAGAAAUAUUUCUUGGAAACAUUGGACAGCUUAUCCCUGCAGGUUCUCAACUAUAAUGAAACAGAUUUCUCCAGAGAAUAUGGAGCAUUAAACCUUACUAAUACCGAUUAUAUGGGAAAUUUAAAAGCAAUUUAUUCUCUCAAAGCCCUGCAGAAAAGGGAAAAGUUUCACCAAGCUCCCACGGCUUAUUAUGAUGCUGAAAAUAUGCAUGCCGGCAUAAAUUAUAUACGCAAUAAAAAUCUCAUUUUGAUACCCUUGAGUAUUCUACAAUCUAACCGAUUUCUUUCGGAGUUAUAUCCUUUAGCAGUCAAUUAUGGUCAAUUGGGUACAUUGUUGGCUCACGCCAUACUCCAUGCCUUUGAUGAUGAGGCCAGGUUUCUUGAUAAAUCUGAAGGCGGCUAUGGACGGAGGAAUCGUCCCACAGCUGUACUAUUUAACGACAACACCUUAUGUUUCCGAAGACAAUAUCGUAAUUUUACCUAUGCUGGACAUACUUUGGCUGAUAGCUUGGUACAAUCGGAAAAUAUUGCCACAAAUGGUGCUGUGAGGUUGGCCUAUCAAACUUACAUGGAGUGGUAUGAGAAAGCUGCUCGCAAGCCAACUAUUUUGGAUCAGGAAGAGCUACCUGAUUUGAAGUAUAAGAAUAAGAAAUUGUUCUUUGUGUCCUAUGCCCAAUCCUUAUGUGCUGAUAUUCAUUCAAAUUAUGAUGGAUUCGUUUUAGCAUCAGAAUAUAAUCCACCCGAGAAUCAACGAGUCAUUACAUCCCUAUCGAAUAUGGAGGAAUUUUCUGAAGUUUUCAAGUGCCCUCAGGAAAGUCUGAUGAAUCCUGAGAAAAAAUGUAUACUGUUUUAA